AACUUUAGUAUGAAAGGGAAGCGUCUGGGAGUCACACUGCCAGACCCUCACAGGAGCCUCAGACAGAAAAAAAUAGAAAAACCCACACACACUGACUCGAGCCUGGACAGAGAGAUUCACUUGGCUGCCAAAUCAUAAUCAGCGUGAGGGCUCACUUUGCCAGAUCUCUCUAUUUCAUAACACGGACAUGGAGCUCCACAGUCUACAUAAAACCUUUCACCACAGCCAUCUGGGUGAGGAGAAGCAGCAGAUGUUGAACCUGAACCGACGCCUGGAGACCUACUUGAACCGGGUCAAACACCUGGAGGAGGAAAAUGCACUGCUUACAAAAGAGAUCCAAGCUCUGAGACGCAGCAAUCAUGGAGCCUCCUCGCGAAGAAAGGGUCUGGAGGAAGAGCUGCGCCACGCGAGACUGGAGGUGGACGCAGCCUGGAAGGACAGGGUCCACACAGAGGUGGAGGUCGGCAAGCUGGCCGAGGAGCUCCAAGCCCUGGACCUGCAGAGACAGAAGGAGACUCAGGCCCACGCUGAGGCCAAGAUGAAGGUGGAGCGAAGCAGGAAGGAGCUGGAAGAGGAACGGAGGGCACAGAUCUGGCUGAGGGAGAAGGUCAGUCAGCUGGAGCAUGAGAUGAGGCACCUAAUUCAAACUCAUCAAGAGGAUGUGGCCCACUUGGAGGCCACUUUGACCCACUCGAGAGCCACAAUGCCACCCACACUGGCUCAAAGGGGCAACCAGACACCAAACCUCCUUCAGCUGGGGCAGGAAUAUGCCCAGAGGGCCAACAGGGCAUGGCAGGAGACAGCUGAGGCCUACCAGGGUCAGUUAGCUCAGCUAGAGGAGUCACUUAACCAGACCAGGAGCCAGUUGAUCCAAGUGGGUCGGGAGAAGAGCGAGAGUCAACAGAAAUUGCAGGCCUUGGAGAAGGAGAUCGCCUCGGCCCAGGACGUCAGGCUGCAUCUGGAGAAGACUGCAGCCCAACAGGGACACGAGUACAGCCAGGAGAUCCAACAACUCCAGGAGCACUUGGAGGGCCUUGAGGUGGAAAAAGAGGAGCUGGGCCAGCAGAUUGAUCAUCUCGUUCUGGAGAACCGAGGCCUUCUGCAGGCCAAGAUGUGUCUGGGCCUGGAGGUGGCAACGUACAGAGCUUUGCUGGAUGGUGAAAGCUUCAAGGGAGAUGUGUCCUUUUCACAUCAGCCAAGAAACAUUUCCAUCACAGAUGCAGUUUUCAGUCCCCAAGGGGCUAAAAAGAAUUACCAGACCCAGCUGUCUGUUUGCCACAAGACCACUUCCCUCUCAUCUGUCCACACUAGAACAGGAACACGGCCAGCAGCAAUAACUGCAACACCAUUGUGGAGUAGAAAAGCUAUGACCCCCAAUGAAACUCCCAUUAAACCUGCAUAUGAAGACACAACAAAGUCUUCAACUUUUGAAGCCCCUUAUCCAAAAAUUCUGCAGGACGGAGCUGUUGAAAGUUUCAGACCACAAGAGGUUCAAGAGAAGGUCACCUAUGCUGAGCCUCUGUCACCUCCUAAUGAGCAGGAGGCUCCUGCUGAAACAACGCCAGAGGACAAAGAAGCUGAUUUGGAUUUGAGCAAUGACUGUGUCGAACCUAACAAGGAAAGACCAGUUCUUGAGUCAGUUGUGAGUUACCAGGUUGAGUCUGGCCUCAGCACCGAGCCACCCUUUAAUGAUGAAGUGAAUCAGCACCAGUUGUCCACACUGAACCUUACACCGUACCAUGUCAGAAUGACAGAGGAGCCCCGUGGUUUCUCAGAUGAAUCUGAGGAUGCAUCUUUUGAAAUACCUGCUGAAAAAGAAGAUAUGCAAGAGCCACAUGCUCCAAUCGAUGCAUGGGUAGAGAAAGAGUGUAAAGGCCAAGAGGUAGAUCAUGUGCAAGAGGAAGCCUCAGAUUCUGAAACUGAAGCAGUGCGUGAACCAAAUUUUGAAUCCAGGACAAGCAGUCCAGUGUCUGAAUAUGAGCCCGAAGAAAGUGUGUUUAACAAAGUGACAGAUCUCAACAAAGAUGACAACAUCUUAACAGAGGAUGGAGUUGAGAUAAAGCAAGAAGUAAGCUGUUCUACAGUAGGAACAAAUGAUGUUGAGGAUAAGUUGUACCCUGAUGGAGAAGAGAUGGAUACAUGGGAUAGUGUGAUAGAAAGGAAGGUUGAUCUAAAGAAAGAUAAUGGCAUAAAAAAGGAUGAAGAAAAACAGCAGCACGCUGAGCCAGAGGAAGACAUAUCAACAAGAGAACAUGUAAAGCAGGGUUCUGCUACAGAUCUACAGCAAGGCGACGAUGUAGCCUCUUCAGUGACGGACACACAAGUAGAUGAUGGACAGCGUGCUGUGUUAGACCAAGAGCACGCACCACUUCCUGAGAAUGGAGAAGAUGACGAAGAGGAGGAUUCUCAAAAUGUCUCUGUGUCAUGGAGGACUGAGGUGGAGAGCGACAGCUACGCUCAGGAUAACACUCUAGCUGACACUCGCCCCCUGAUUCGAUACAAGAGCGACGAGACUGACGCCAAUACUCAGGCGUCACACAUGGAUGAAAGCGAGUCUAGUGAAGGUGAACCGGAAAAGAAGACCGGAGAGACAGGAACUGGAAUGUGGAGCGAAGGCAAGUCAAAGAGAUUUGGAACUAUGGAAGAUCUGUGUGAAGAGGUGGAAGGAGAAGCAUUGGAUGAGGAAUAUGAUCUAGGAUAUACUCAUAUUGAGGACAGGGAUAUUGACCAUGGUAUGACUGUAAGUGAGCCUGAAACAGAAAAUGCAGAAGAAAUGACCUGGAAAGUCAGCAAGGGACAUUCAGAUGAAGAAACUGAAGAACCUACCGAUCCCGUGCUACCCACAAAUGUGGACUACGAUGAGGAGUUAGAGAUAGACAGACUUGUGGAACAGGAAUUAGAGAACUUAGCCACAGACAGCUACAGUGCUCACUUUGCAAAGCAGCAGAGUCAGGAGCAGGAAAAGUCUGUCGGGGAAAUGACAGAGCAAGAAGAAGCUGGAGAAACAAAUACGUCUCCCUGUGUAGAGAAUGAACUUGUAUCUUCAACUGACAUUAUAGAUCAACUUUCCGAGAAUAUGUAUUUCAGUGAUUCACCAGUGCCUCAAACAGACACUUUGACUGACGAGGGAAUCCAGCAUCAAGAAGUCCAAGAAAAAAGAGAAGAAGAGGAUGAACACAAUGUGUCCAUGGUGACACAUGCUGAUGUGACAGAAGAUCACUCCAGCUUUGGUGACCUCAUCAGCAGGCCUGAUAUGGAAGAAAUAAACAACCCAGAGCAACCAAACUCUGUGUUAGAGGUAACAGCAGACCAGGAAAACCUGCACGAUGUUGCUGUCCUCACUGAGGUGAAAGAGGUUGCACCUGUGGAACCUUCCAGUGUAUCUCAAGAACAUCUCACUGAGGAUCCUGCAGACUGUCAGGAAGUUCCAGAAACAGCUGAAUGGAAAGUCCUGAAGAACCCAAGUGAGGACUUUGAAAUCAGAGAUCAAAUAGUAGAUCAUGAAGAAUGUGAUAAUGUGCCUGAACCAGCUGAAGGUUAUCUCCAUGAUGAUGAAGGCUCUGAUGAGGGCGUCAUGCCAUGCAAAGACGAGCCCCUCGAAAUCUCCCCUGACAGUGCCCCUGAUGAAAACGAUAUAUUUGUGGUCAAAGAUUCGACAGAACUACUGGACACAAAUGGCAAAGACCACAACCUCCAUGAUUUCUUUAACUCUGGAGUAAAGAAUGAUUUCUGGGUGUCCUCUCUGGAGACCGGUGCCACCUAUCAACCAGAUGAUAACAAAGCAGCUGAGCAAACCAAUCAGAACGUAGGGUUUGCUGACAACUUGGUUUGGGGGGAUCUGCAAAAUCCGAAUAUGGUUAACUGGAACUCCAGGGUGGAUAUUGACUCAACUAAAGCCCAGGCAGUUAAGAAGGAGCAGGAGAUGCAUUCGGAGGUGAAGCAGGUGUUAUGUCGAAAUGUUGUGGAGGGGGAGUUGGUCCAUUCUGAGGAAUCUGAAGCUGAGGGUGAAUCCUGGUCAUCAGGAGACGAACCAGUAUAAAAAAAGUAGUGACGAGUUUGAGUUAGACCAGUUUUAGAUUUGAUCAGUGUUAGUCAGAGGAAAGUUGAUAUAAUGCAUACACUAUGAAAACCAAAGUCGUGCCUUGGUGCGCACCUCAGUGACGCUAACCACCAAUGUGCCAAUUCUAUCUAAGAUACUGAACACCCGUCUUAUUUCCUUAAACUGACAUUUGACUAACCACUUUUUCUUCUAUUCUAAUUGUUGAAUAUCUCGAGUCUUUCAGUGUGCAUGUGUUGUGGAAGAAGCUUGGACAUUUCUGCAUGAGGGAACGGCAUGAAGACAGAACAAAGAAUGUAAUUUGAAAGUCAAAGCAUUUAUUGAUCGCUGCCUAAUCUGAUUUUACUGACUGAUAGAAAUCAAUGACACCAGAUGGGUAGAAUUCCUUGUAGAGAUGCUAUGUCAUGUUGUAUUAAACAAACAGCUAGGGUUCCUGCUGGUGAACUCAUUUCAGUGGACGUUAUACAUGUAGAAUGAACGGCUGUUUGUUAAAGGUUUAUGUUAGAUAAACACACUAACCUGUUUGUAUUUGGUUGGCCUGUAUCAACCAAAGUGUUUUAUUUCACCCAUAAAGUUCUUGCUGCGGUACAUUUAUAGUCUGAAAUAAACUUCUUGACACACUCUGA